GUGGUCAUAGAUAAUAGGUUGUGGUUGUCAUUAACAGAAAUCAAGGGUGAAUUUUUAAGAAAAUAUUGAAUAUUAACUAAACUGAUUCAAAGUGUGUAUACUGUUUGAAUUGUUAGUGUUCCCUACUUCUUAUUUGCUGCUACUAUUUAAAUCUAUGACUUUAGUAUAACUAUUCAUAAUGAGUCGAUUUUUUGCUACUGGUUCGGACUCUGAUUCGGACAGUUCAACAGAAGAGGAGGUCGUACAACGUCCCACAGUUCCUGUCUAUACAUUCAGUGAUGAAGAGGAGGAAGUUAAACGAGUUGUACGUUCAACGAAAGAGAAACGUUAUGAAGAACUUACAAAUUUAAUAAAGCAAAUCAGAAACUAUAAAAAGAUUAAGGAUAUGAGUAGCAUGUUGACAAGUUUUGAAGAAUUACAAAGAGCUUAUGUGAAGGCAUUACCAGUUGUUCAGAAGGAAGAAAAUGGACAGACUCCCAGAUUUUACACUCGUUGUUUAGUGGAACUUGAGGACUUUAUUACUGAGGUAUGGGAGGAUCGUGAAGGAAGGAAAAACAUGAGUAAAAACAAUAGUAAAUCGUUAUCAUCUAUUCGUCAAAAGUUAAGGAAAUAUUUGAAGGAAUUUGACCAAGAUAUUGCCAAAUUCCGUGAAAAUCCCGAUUUGCCUGACGAUGAAGAAGAAGAAGAUAAACGUGAGCCGGAAAUUGAUUCAGACACGGAACAACCUAUUAAGAUAAGCCAGCGUCCCUCCGAACGUUCCAAACCUACAGAUGAAGGAAACUCCUCUUCUGACUCGGAUGAUUGGCCAUCAGACUCAGAUUCAAGUUCUGAUUCAUCUGAAGACGAAGAAAAGUUUACAAGCAUGAGGGAGAGGUUUUUAAAAAAAGCAACAGAUAAAGACGACGAUGAAGAGAAAGAACGCAAAAAGGAGGAACGUAAAAAAGAGAGAAAGGAUCGUGACAAACGUAAAAUAAGAAAAGAAGAUGAAGAAGAUGGCGAAGGAGAAUGGGAGACUGUUAAGGGAGGAAUGGCAAUACCAAGUGAGAAGCCGAAAAUGUUCGCCAAAGAUGCUGAAAUUAAUACUUCUCUUGUAAUUAAGAAAUUAAGCGAAAUUAUUGCCGCCAGAGGCAAGAAGAGAACAGACAGGCGUGAGCAAAUCGAACUUUUACACGAACUCCAAACAGUAGCUGAUCAACACCAACUGGGCCCUGCUGUAGCCAUCAAAAUUAAAUUCGCUAUAAUUUCGGCAAUUUUUGAUUACAAUCCAAAAGUUUCUGAUGCAAUGAAACCAGAAUAUUGGACUAAGUUGUUAGAAAGAAUUGCUGAGAUGCUAGACAUGCUAGAGGCAAAUCCGAACAUAUUUAUUUCCGACAGCGUCACUGAGGACACAGAGAGUCUCGAAGAGCCCCCGUUCAGGAUUAGAGGAUGCGUGUUAACAUCUCUGGAACGUUUGGAUGACGAAUUCAUUAAGUUGCUGAAAGAAUGUGAUCCUCAUAGCAACGAAUAUAUCGAAAGAUUAAAGGACGAGUCAAAGGUAUCUGCAAUAAUAUGCAAAGUGCAGAAUUAUUUAGAAAGAUAUGGGACGCCCACGGAGUUGUGUCGCAUUUAUUUACGUAAAAUAGAACAUCUUUAUUACAAGUUUGAUCCACGAGUUCUUCAAAAAAAAGCUGGCGAAUUACCAGCAACUGAAGUCACAUCUGUUGACGAAAUGGACAAAUUAUGCAAGUAUAUCUACGCAAAAGACGCAACAGAUCGAUUAAGAACUCGCGCUAUCUUAUCUCACAUUUAUCAUCACGCUUUACAUGACAACUGGUUCCAAGCCAGAGACUUGGUACUCAUGUCUCAUUUGCAAGAAAAUAUUCAACAUUCCGAUCCGAGCACACAGAUUUUGUACAACAGAAUGAUGGCUCAUCUUGGUCUUUGUGCUUUUCGGCAUGCUAACAUCAAAGAUGCCCACAACUGUUUAGUUGAUUUGAUGAUGACCGGAAAACCCAAAGAACUAUUGGCACAAGGUCUUCUUCCACAGCGUCAAAACGAGCGUAGUAAGGAACAAGAAAAGAUUGAGAAGCAACGUCAAAUGCCAUUUCAUAUGCAUAUAAAUUUGGAGUUGCUCGAAUGUGUCUAUUUGGUAUCUGCCAUGCUGAUAGAGAUCCCGUAUAUGGCAGCGCACGAGUUCGACGCUCGCAGACGCAUGAUUUCGAAAACUUUCUACCAACAAUUGCGCAGUUCCGAACGCCAAAGUUUAGUAGGCCCCCCGGAAAGUAUGCGUGAACAUGUAGUAGCUGCCGCCAAAGCCAUGCGAAACGGACACUGGGCCGCUUGCAACAACUACAUAAUUAACGAAAAAAUGAACGCAAAGGUUUGGGACUUAUUUUAUCAAGCAGAUGCUGUCCGUUCAAUGUUGACACGCCUUAUAAAAGAAGAAACGUUGCGAACAUACCUGUUCACGUACUCUCACGUAUACGACUCGAUUUCGAUGACAACAUUGGCUGAGAUGUUCGAAUUAAGUAAAGCAGUUGUUCAUUCUACUAUUUCGAAAAUGAUUAUUAACGAAGAACUAAUGGCAUCUUUAGACGAUCCAUCCCAAACUGUUGUUAUGCACAGGAGUGAACCGUCACGUCUCCAAUCGUUGGCUCUACAAUUGGCCGAUAAAGUUAACAAUUUCGUGGACUCUAACGAGCGCAUACUGGAGACGAAGCAAGGAAACUUCUUCCUUAGGAGCGCCAACCAGGGGGUAUUCCGUAACGAGAGGCAGAACUACAGGGCAGGCACCAACGAGAAUUGGAAUCGACAGAGGCGUGACAACAGAAGAGACUAUUAA